UACGAGAUUACGUCUUGCCUGUUACCAGGUUCAUUCAAGAGCUGGAUUAGUUGUCGCGGGGCACUCACCUGGAUAUAUCCACCUCUCUUGUGACAACCAACCGACACGUACUUUAACUCCGGCGAUCCUCGAAUUUCUCGCGGCGCCAUCGUCUGAAACAGCACACAGCGAUUUGCGCUGGCACGAUGAUGGCCUACCUAGAAAUCCGAAUAUCCAGCCAGCACACCGACUUAUAGCUUCUUCACUCCUGUAGACAGCCAGCACCAGCCCGGGUGCAAGUCAAGCAGCCAUGUUCGAGAAGUCGCUAUACGACCUCAUCCGAGGCAUGCGAAAUCACAAGGGUAACGAGAAGGAGUAUAUACAAAACUGUUUGAAAGAAUGUCGGACCGAGAUUCGAACCCAAGAUCUGGACCUCAAGGCAACGGCUCUGCUGAAGCUGGUGUACCUGGAAAUGUUUGGGCAUGACAUGUCGUGGGCUUCCUUCCACGUCCUCGAGGUUAUGUCCUCCUCCAAAUAUCAUCAGAAGCGCCUGGGCUAUCUUGGCGCCGUCCAAAGCUUUGGACCCAAUACCGAGGUCCUUAUGCUUGCAACAAAUCUUCUGAAGAAGGAUUUGACCGCCGCAUCGACCACGACGAUCGCCCUACCCAUUGUGGCUCUGCCUCACGUCAUCACCCCGUCCCUCGCCCUUUCGACUCUCUCCGACCUACUUCCACGACUGAAUCACACCCAUCCUUCCAUCCGCAAGAAGACGAUCGUCACACUUUACAGACUCGCAUUGGUAUAUCCAGAGACAUUGCGUGCGGCAUGGCCCAAGAUCAAAGAGAAGCUGAUGGAUGCUGCGGAGGAUCCCAGCGUUACCGCAGCCAUUGUGAAUGUGGUCUGCGAACUGGGAUGGCGGCGGCCACACGAUUUUCUCCCAUUGGCACCACGCUUGUUCGAGUUGCUAGUCGACAGUGGAAAUAAUUGGAUGGCAAUAAAACUCAUCAAAUUGUUCGCUACUUUGACCCCCCUUGAGCCAAGACUGGUGCGGAAGCUACUUCCGCCCCUGACAGAAAUCAUCCGGACAACGCCUGCCAUGUCACUACUCUACGAGUGUAUCAAUGGUAUUAUCCAGGGUGGGAUUCUUGGCAGUGGUGAGGACGAUGCUGGAAGGGAAGAAAUUGCUUCUUUAUGCGUUAGUAAGCUUCGGAGCAUGGUCAUGGUAGAUGGUGAUCCCAAUCUCAAGUUCGUGGCCCUUCUAGCCUUCAACAGGAUCGUGGUCACCCAUCCAUCGCUUGUUGCUCAACAAGAGGACGUAAUACUGGAAUGCAUCGACAGUACGGACAUCUCCAUUCGCAUAAAGGCGCUGGAUUUGGUUCAGGGCAUGGUUAAUAAGGAUAACCUGGUCUCAAUCGUCAGCCGUCUCAUGAGACAACUCAAGAACUCGUCUACGGAGAAUCGGAACAUUGCUGCGGUCGAUCCUGCAGACCUAGAAUCCGACGACGAGGCUUUAGAAAGGAGGAUCAAUCCCGGUCAACAAGCCGAGGAUCAUAUGCCACCCCUUCCCGACGACUAUAGGAUUGAUGUGAUCAACAGGAUUGUAAAUAUGUGCACCACAAGCAAUUACCGCCACCUCCACGAUUUCGAGUGGUAUAUCGAUAUUCUUACACAGCUCAUCCGGACUGCGCCGCAGCCACGGCCGGCCAGCGAAAUUGAUGCGUUAUCUCCAUCAGGUAGAUCUAAUGUCGGAGAUGUAUCUGAAAGAAUUGGCGAUGAACUUCGCAACAUCACCGUCAGGGUUUCGGCUAUCCGACCGGCCUGCGUUCAGGCCGCUGAAACGGUGAUGGCUCAAUUCAGCAAAGAUGCGCCUCUAGGGCAUCCAGUCGUCUCGGGGGCGCUGAAACCUGUGGCUUGGAUUAUUGGAGAAUUUGCAUCUGACACCUCGUCGCCUGAUGAUGCCCUAUCCUCGUUGCUUCAGUUGAUUCCGCGAACUACAUCGCCUGAAUCGCUCGCCUCGUGUUUACAGGCAGCUACGAAGGUGUUCUCCUUGAUAGCUGGAGACGAUCUUGCACUCUGGACUGCCCAACGCAAAUCCAAGAUUUCGCUGCUCAUGGCACGCAUGAUUCAUAUCUUUGAACCUUUGGCUAUGCACCCGAAUCUCGAAGUUCAGGAACGAGCCGUAGAGUUUACAGAACUGUUGAAGCUGACAGCAGAGGCUGUAUCUGGUAAAGACAUCUCGUCGAACGACGAACAACAAGAUGCCCCGUUACUUCUUACACAAGCUAUGCCUUCCCUAUUCUCAGGGUGGGAACUGAAGUCGAUGGCUAGUAACGCCCAGAAGAACGUGCCUCUCCCAGAAGGGUUGGAUCUCGACGAACCUAUUAAUCCAAACUUGAACAGUCUGUUGGCCGAGGCCGAUCAUAUUAUACUACCAGCAGACGAGACGGACGAGUUUGAGAUAUACUAUAAUCAACGUCAGCCACCGACCAGUAUUGCAUCUGAGCCCGCCAUUAGUCGUUUGGCGGAGAGCAAAGAUGAAGUUGUCAGCUCUUAUCAGCAGCCUACGGAAGACUCAUAUCUCGAUGCCGAUAUCGUGGCUCGGAGGAAAGCAGAACGUAUGGAAAGGAAUAAAGACGACCCUUUCUACAUUGGAGGAAGCGACAAUUUGCCGGGAACGUCUACGCCGAUCCACAAUAUCCUUCAGAAUUCCAACGGGGCAGACUUGGAUGUUGAUGCAAUCCCUAUUAUGGAGUUGAAUCUUGACAAACUCAAUGUCGGGAUAAGCGGAAAUGUUCCAUCUCAACCCUCCAAACCGGUCCGGCCUAAACCUCGACAAAAGAUCGUCAUCGAAGCCGACGAGACUUUGGGCUUUAGCGGCGUCUCAACCCCAAGAAACUACGAUUCUGAAAACAACUCCGACAGCUUCACGAAAUCGCGGGCCAAGAAGAUGAAGCAAGCACUUCUCGCAGUUGAUUCGACCAACCUCGGGUCCCUCAACCUGGAAGGUGACCCCAAGGGCAAGGGCUACGACUUCGAGGCGCAGCAGCGCGAGGAAGCCGAGAUGCUGCAGGCCAUGAAGGAGGUGGAACGUCUGCGCCUCGAGAUGCAGCAUGCCAAUGAGCGGAUACAGGUAGCUCAGGGGCUCGACGCCGAGGGCACGGUGGUCAAGAAGAAGAAAAAGAAGGCCACCCCCAUAGCCGAGGGCGACGGUGCUGUAGUCAAGGCCAAAAAGAAGAAGAAGAAACCAGCUGUCGUCGAUGAGGGACAGGAAACACCUGCUGGCGAAUUGGCAGCAGUCGAGGACAACCCUGACGCGGUGAAGCCAAAGAAGAAGAAGAAAGCUCGGGCGGCUGAGAUACAGGAUUGAGUGAUGAAUGGGUUGAUUGGUAGUAUCUAAUAAUGGGUAUCAUUAGAUGAACGGAACCAAGUUCAAAUCCAUUUAAGCCGAUCGGAGUAGGUUUAUGUCGUAACCAUAUACGAAAAAGUUCCCAGCCCUAAAGUUGUGCGCGAG